AUAGCGACCAUAAAGUGAACCUGAAUCGCUGUACUGCCCAUUAUUUUCCAAGAAGGCGUGUUCGAUUAGGAUUUCUUGUCGGAGUUUGUUGACACUACAGGCUUUGAAAUGAGUGAAGAGUCUCAGGUUCCAAAUGGAAAACGAAAAUCUACUGAAAAUGGUUCAAAGUAUGGAAGAAUGGAUUUAGCAGACUUUGUAACAGAAGUUGAAACAUUUUCUCGUCUUGUGGAACCAAUUGCAUUUGUUGUGUACUGCAUUGAAGACAUAAGAAAAUGGAAAUAUACAAUUGGGACCUUGGUUGUGUGGAUUCUGUGCAAUAUUGGUUGUCUUGUUUUAACUAAAGGUGCUGUGUUUACUCUGAUAUCAUUGCUGGUAAUAUGCAUUGCAACUACAUCCUUAGUACAACUACAUACCAGAAUCCUGGAUAAAUGUCUUCCCUCUACAUCAUCUCAAAAAGAGGAAGAGGAUGAAGAUAUAGAAGAUGAAGAAGCAAUGAAGACUGUCAAACAGUUCCGUUAUAGCCUCCUACAAAUGUAUGAUUUUAUUGUACUCUGCAAUGAAGGACUAACACAGUUCUACAGAAUCCUCAAAUGGGACAACACUCUUGCCUCUCUCAGAUUCCAUGUGGAGAUAUGUGUAUUCUUGUUAAGUUUGGUUGUCUUGCCAACAAGAGGAAUUUGUUUUAUGCUGGUUAAUUGGUUUUUCUUGGCCAAUGAGGUUGUGUUUUACAAGUUGUUGAAAUAUGGAGAAAAAGUGUGGGGAGUUUCCCUGUCUCCAAUACCAAUCAAAGACAAUGGGGCUAUCAGGUACACUGUUUUGGAAGAAGAUCAACAGAAGUCUAAGGAAGAGGACACAAAAGAACAACCAGAGGUUGAUUGUGACCCAAGUCAGCUAGAGAUCAUGUCUGAUGACUCAGAUCUGAAGAGUUCUAUCUACUCCAAACCCAGCAUGGUGGAGCGUCUCUUAGAGUUAAGAAAACGAAGACAGCAUAUUGCACAUGAAACUUGUCAUAAAUGUGACGUUUCCUUUGCUUCCAUACUGAAAAGAAGAUUUUACUGCCGGCAUUGUGGAAAUAAUUUCUGUUCAAAAUGCUGUAACCAGAAAGUUCCCAAAUCAAUGUUUGGAGCAACAGCUCCCCAAGCACAGACUGAAAUGGUCCUUGUAUGUGGUGUGUGUUAUGACCUACUUAUGAACCAAGCAGAUAAGGAUAAACAAAGUUAAUGGAUGUAAUGUUAAUGGUGGGAAUGAUGUAAAGUCAAAAGAGAAAGACUCACAGUUGUUUUUACCAGAAUCCCACUUACUUUGUAUCUCAUCUCUGAUUUGGAAAAUCACUGCCAAGAUUGUAUUUUAAUGUUGCAAAUAGAAUCCUUCAAUAUUGUAUGUGCGAGGGAGGUAUAUGUAUACUGAGUUUAAUAUUCACUUGACUGUAAGAAAUUCUUUCUUUGCAUGAUGUGUACUUGUAAACAUUUCUACCUGCAUUCAUUUUACAUUGCAGAGUAGGAUUUAUUUGAGAGGGUUAGGAGGGGAAAAAAGGAUAUUUUUUCUCUGCCAAUACAUUUUGAUAAAGUCGUACAAGCCAAUUUUGUAACAUAACAAUGUUAAUUGUUUAGAACUGAUUCUGUCACAGAUUUUUACCUUGCUUGCUUAAGACACAUCUGUUACUGAAUAUGUUUGUUGUUUAUGAUAUUUUGCACAUUGAUAAUUUAUUUCACUUGUUUCUUUUUUGUUAUGGUUACCUGUUCAAAUGUAUAUUAUUAUACAAAAUGUACAUAUAUCAAAAACUGACUUAAAACUCUGAAGUAUAUUGUUUAUAUUUUAAAUUAUGGCAGUAUUUUUUGGUCCAGAAAUCCCAGUUUGAUAUAUCUUCUGCAUGUCCAGAAUUGAACACUUACUUGUAUUUCAUUUCAAACAAAGAAUUUCUUCAUGUGUAAAAAAUUCUGUCUUAUUGUUUUGUAAAUAAUACGGGUUGUUUGGUAUUUUCUGAAAUCCAAGGCAUUCUUUGACGUACAUGUAUUUUCAUUUGCCCAUACAAAAUGUUUUGUGAUAAUUCAAUGUGACAAAAGGGAUAAAAUGUCUAUUUUCAUCUCAAAAACGGACUGGGACCUGGAUAUAAACAAAAAUAAAUGUAAAUUUACAUGUAUGUUGAACAAGUUUAUGGCAUUUUAUGAGGAAAUGGAACAAUUUUUGACAAAAUUCUUACCAUCGAUGCUACCAGAAGUACAAAGGAUAUUGCUUCAAUGCAUGUAAAAACAAUAUUUGUUAAGUAAAUAUAUUAUUUCGUAAGGGCUGAUUUUAAACAGAUUUUACAUUCAUUAAAAAUUCGGGGAAAUUUGCUUAUUUAUCAAGAAUUUUGAAAUACAUUGUAAUUUGAAGACAUUCAGAAAAUAGAGUUGUGAACA